AUGGCUUGCAUAAGAGCGGUACGGUCAAGCUCAUUGAGACUCGGCGGCUGUCAACGAAGAUGGCAGUCUUCAUAUGCGCAUCUCGAGGCAGAAAUGACGACGAGGAAGAUUCGGCCAGUAUUCGAUGACUUGACGUCGCAGAACUCGUUCAGACUCAAUGUCUCGCUGGCCGACUUCUUACCAAACACAAAGCAAACUUGGCUAACGAAACAUUGCAGCGCUCCGCUCACGCCCCCAGCACCGAACCAGCCACUACCUAUGCCAAUUCCUCACCAUCUGCUAUACUUCGAGCCCACAAAACCUCCUUCAGACUUGUUACUCGAUGGCACCAACCCAGAUCAUUCGCCUGGCGAGCCCUUUGUUCGCCGCAUGUGGGCUGGCGGCAGUGUCUUGUUCGACUCAAAGAAGCCUUUGCUCAUGGACAAUAGUCGUGCAGUAUGCCUCGAAGGCAUUCGAGAUGUUGCAGUCAAAGGCAAGCCUGGAGAUGAAAAAGUCUUUGUUGGUAUUGAACGCCGCAUUGCCGCCUUGAACAAAGACGAGGAGAAGGCCAUGGCAGAUGCCAAUGGUCAACUAGACAAAAUACUUGCUCUCGAAGAAAACAUCAGGCAGAGGUUAUGGAUGCCAUCUGAUGUCGAAUUUGGUCCUGCAAAUAUCAUCGAGCGCCGCAACAUUGUCUUUAUGCGCGAGAGAACUCCAGAACAAGCAAAAGCAGCCGUUGCUGCUGCCAAAAAGCCUGGCAAGAUGUUGAAACCUCAGCAUGAACCUCAAUUUCACCACACAAUCCGUCCAGAUGCUCAGUUGCUGUUUCGAUACAGCGCCUUGACCUUCAAUGCUCACUCGAUCCACCUAGACCCACAAUAUUGUCAGACUGUGGAAGGCCACAAGCACUUACUGGUUCAUGGCCCUCUUUCUUUCACGCUCAUGUUGACAAUCUUGCAAAAACAGCUAGCGAAAGAGGGAGGCCGUGAGCAGAUCAAGUCAGUCGAGUACAGAAAUCUUGCACCGCUCUAUGCCUACGAUCCACUGAAGAUCUGCGGAAGGAAAGCUGAUGACCAGAAGUACGAGGUUUGGGCCGAGACUCCAGAAGGCGGUAUCGCUGUGAAAGGUACUGUCAAGACAGAAAACGUGUAA